CGCCUUGCGCCGGGCGCCUUUGGCAAAAGUUCGCAGCUGCAGCAGCUGCGCCCGUGCGUCAUGGAACAGUCCGGCGGCUGAGCUGCGCCCAGGAGCGCGGAGGCAGCCGAACCUUGUGGUCUCGCUACCCUACGGAAGAGGAGAAGGUGGAGGAGGAGGGGUACCCAUUUGCGCCCCCCCGCUCCCCGAGAGACCCGGCUGCUGCUGCUGGCGCACGGAGGACCCCCUUGCCAGCCCCGCGGAGAGGCGGACGGGCAUUGCGCGCCCCAGCGAGGUGACCGCGGCGCUUGCUUGCUAGCAUCGGAGCAGCGCAGCCGUGCGUCCCGUUUGGCUGCGCUCGAGGGGACCCGGAUCGCUUUAGGUGCCUCGGCCGCCCGGCGCCACCAGAAGAGAGUUUCUGCCAGCGCCCUGUCCCUUGUCCCCAGGGCUGUCGCUCGUCCCUCCCGGAAGCGCCUGCGGUGGAACCGGUUGGACUGCCUGCCCGGCCACCCGUCGGCCCCGCGCGCCUCUCCAAAAAGGGGACUCCGCUGCCGCCACCCUCCGUCCCCUUUGUCUCCCCGCCAGUCCUGCAAACUUUCUUCCCGACUUCUCCAAGCUCUGCAGUGGAUGGAUGUCCUUUCUUCCUCUCCUGGCCUUCCACCCUCCUCCUCCUCCUCUUCCUCCUCCUCUUCCUGGCGCAAUCGGCUUUCCCGGAGCUUUGCUGCGAAGUCAAGCGAGCGCACGGAAAUCCAGGCUCCAGGGCAACGACCCGCGUCCUUCCUUUUUCUUUCUGACUUUUCUCUCUCUCUCUCUACUAAAUCUACCCUGAUGGCGAUCUGUUUUGAAUGCUGCCCUGGUUUCUGAGCCGCUGGAAAUCGACUAGGGAGAGCGAGAGCGAACAACAAAAGAGACCUCUUCCAAGCGCCCCGAGGGAUUUUACGCUUGGCUGGUAGAUCUGAAUCGCUUUGCAGAAAGCUCUCCCAAGGUGGCUUGGGAGGAGGAGGAGGAGGACACCUUGGUGGGUGACACGCUCUGCUUGCUUUGGGGUGCCUUCUUCCUCGCCCCAAAGUUUCAGAUCCUGCAAAGAGGUAAAACUUUCAAUUUAGGGGGCUGUUUUUCCUGCCCCCCCACUUCUCUCUUCCUUUUUUGUGUGUGUGUGGCAUGGACAAAAAAACAAAACAAAAGGGUUGUGGUGGAGAGACAACAACAGAUUCACGUGGACUUUGUUGUGUGUGUGGACUGAGGCGUGACCUCUACACUGAGAGGAGUGAUUUGUAGCUUUCUCGCGUUUUUCCUCCACCCUUUCGGGAGUCUGGUGGGUUUCCAAUCCAAUCCAACUGGGAUUAUUAUUCAGCCUUGCAAAACAUUUCUGGUUUGUAACAACUGGAGCUUUUUCUUCCUGGUUUUUUUUUUCCUCUUCCAGAGGGACUUGGGUUGAAAGCUUGAGAAAUCCUGAAUUGCCCUGAAUUUCUCUUUAUCGUUCAAAACAAAACAAAACCAAAAAAAAAAAGACCCACAGGUUUUCUUAAUUGUAGAGCAACCAGAUUUAGAAGGUGCAGACCAACAUCUUCAGAUCAAGAUGCUUAAUUCCGACCUGUAGUUUCAAGUCUUCCAAAAGAGACCGGAGAGAUGGAGGGGUUAACCCCUGGGCUGCUUUGAUAGGGCUACAGUCAUGAGCCUUUUCUGCUUUUCCCAGUCCUGGCCUGAGGUUUUUUGACCCCCGAGGAGAAUGCUGUUUGCUUUGCCCCAUUCUUAACCUCCCUCCGCCAAUUGGGGAAGCAACUGCCCGUCUUAAACCUCCUUCUCUAGAAGCACCAGGUGGUGGUUUUUCUUUGGACCUAGUCCUCUUCUGCUCUUCAUUUGAGUCUGCUUGCAGGCCUUGCUAGCUUCCUGGGGACGGCCCCCUUUUCAACAGCACCCGGAGGGGGUUGGGGUUGGUGGGGGGGCAGAGACCUGGCCGCCUCACCGGACACCCCCAUGGCCAUCCGAGCUCGAGCGCUUUACGAUUUCCAGAGUGAGAACAAGGAAGAAAUAAGCAUCCACGAGAACGAAGAGUUGGUGCUUCUCAGUGAGAAGUCGCUGGAUGGCUGGCUGCAAGGCACCAACUCCCGAGGAGAGACGGGCCUGUUCCCCGCCUCUUACGUGGAGAUCCUUCGCUCCAGGUCCUCCUCCACGUACACCAACAGCCCCGCCGGGUCUCCUGGGAAUGGCUCCUCCUUCUACGUCCCCUCGUCCGCCCCCGACAUUGCCCACCAGGGCAGCUUUGAAGACGACGAGGAUGACUGGGACGAUUGGGACGAUGAAAGCACGGUGGUGGAGGAGCCCAGGAGCGAGGCGGGGACCAACGGGCACCCCUCGCCCAGCCUGUCCUGCCCCAGGCCCUACACUCACCCCAACAACGUCGCGGGUCGGGCCAAGCCGUCUUUGGAAAGGCAGGACAGCAUCGGGUCUUCCAAGAGAGGAAGUAUGGUGAGCCGGAACCUCAAUCGCUUCUCCAGCUUCGUCCGCUCUGGAGUGGAGGCCUUUGUUUUGGGGGAUGUGCCCAUGAUGGGCAAGAUCGCCGAGGCCUACUACAUAGACAUGGGCGCGAAAGGCCCACAGUGGCGGUCCAACCCGCACCCUUUCCUCUGCUCCGUGGAAGAGCCCACCAAACAGACCAAGUUCAAAGGCAUCAAAAGCUACAUCUCCUACCGGUUGACGCCCAGCCACAGCAACUCGCCGGUCUACCGGCGCUACAAACACUUCGACUGGCUGUACAACCGCCUGCUGCACAAGUUCACCGUCAUCUCGGUGCCCCACCUGCCAGAGAAGCAAGCCACGGGGCGCUUCGGGGAGGACUUCAUCGAGAAGCGCAAGCGGAGGCUGAUCUUGUGGAUGGACCACAUGACCAGCCACCCAGCGCUCUCCCAGUACGAGGGCUUCCAACACUUCCUCAACUGCGGGGACAACAAGCAGUGGAAGAUGGGGAAACGCCGGGCAGAGAAGGACGAGAUGGUGGGGGCUAGUUUCCUCCUCACCCUCCAGAUCCCAACCGAGCACCAAGACCUGCAGGAUGUGGAGGACCGAGUGGACACCUUCAAGGCCUUCAGCAAGAAGAUGGAUGACAGUGUCCUGCAGUUGACCAGCGUAGCUUCUGAGUUGGCCAGGAAGCAUGUUGGGGGCUUCCGGAAAGAGUUCCAAAAACUGGGCAACGCUUUCCAGGCCGUCAGCCAAGCCUUCCAGAUGGACCCACCCUACAGCUUCGAUGCCCUCAACAACGCCAUCUCCCAUACGGGCAAGACCUACGAGGUGGUGGGGGAGAUGUUUGCCGAGCAACCCAAGAACGACCUGUUCCUUAUGUUGGACACCCUCUCCUUGUACCAGGGACUCCUCUCCAACUUCCCAGACAUCAUCCACCUUCAGAAAGGUGCGUUUGCCAAAGUGAAGGAGAGCCAGCGGAUGAGCGACGAAGGGAAAAUGGACCAGGAGGAGGCAGACGGGAUCCGGAAGCGUUGCCGAGUGGUUGGCUUUACCCUGCAGGCCGAAAUGAAUCACUUCCACGAGAGGCGCAUCUUGGACUUCAAAAAGAUGAUGCAGUCCUACAUCCGGGAGCAGAUCGUCUUCUACCAGAGAGUCAGCCAGAAGCUGGAAGAGACGCUGAGGAGCUACGACAGCCUCUAGUAAGCCCGCCAGAUGUUGGAGCUCAGGAUGGUCCUGAAUGCUAACCGUGCCCUCAGCUGGGAUGAGCAGCAGUGACUGUGUUUCCUUCUCUGCCUCUGGGAAAGGGAGGUCUUCUCCUUGUGGUGGACCAUGGGAGGUCCUCUCCAUUGACUUGUGCUCUCCACCGUCUUCACGAGGCUAAACUUUGAGCACCGAAAGGGAAACUUGUAGCUCCCCUGUCAUGACCAAAGCUUGGGAUGGGGUGGUCCCCACUCCAUUCCCUUCCAAUCGCAAGGACCCUGCCCAGAAUCGUUGCACAAAAGACAUUUUGACGAGCGGAAUUCUUUUCCUCAAGAAGAGCCGAGCUUUUGGCUUCCUAUAGCCUUGUUUUGUUUACAGAGGAAGUAAAAGAAUUUGCUUUCCAAAGGAAAUGUUGCUUUUCGCUCUAGCCAGCUUUCUUUUUUCUUUUUCCCUCCUCUCUCUCAGGCUUGAUUUUUCUGGAAACAAAAAAAAAAAAAAGCACACACUUAAUUUAUCCAGAUCCUUUCCAACACCAGCACUUCCCGUUCUCCUCCAGGAAAGGAACAAAAUCAGGGUGAACCCAGUUCAGGGUUGUUGUUUUUUUUCUUCUCAAGGGAGGGUGAUCAUGCAAAGCAAGAGAACAGAGAGCGAAAAACGGAGGUGAAGUGGAAGGAAUGCAAAGGUUGGCACACCAAAAACGACGCUUUUGAGGAAGUCGCACAAGCAGCACACGCUCACUUCUGGCGUUCUGUUGCAGGUAGUCCUCGACUUAACGACCACAGCUGGGCCCAGAAUUUCUGUUGCUAAGUGAGUCCAGUUGUCAAGUGAUUCUACCCCCCCCAUCCCCCAUGUUAUGACUGUCAGGUUUCCAAGUGAUGAAACUCAUUCUUGACGUAGUCGUUAAACGAACCUCUGCAAUUAAAUUAGUCCCACGGUCGUUAAGUGAGCCUGGUUUUCCCAUUGACUUUGCUCACCAGAACGAUGCAAAAGGGGAUCAUGGGAUCCCCCUGGGACACCACAACGGUCAUAAAUACAAACCAGUUGCCAGACAUCUGAAUUUGGACCACGGGGAUGCCGUCAUGGUUGUCGGAGUAAACACCGGUCGUACGUCAUUUUUUCCCCCCAGUGCCGUUGUAACUUUGAACGGUCACUAACCAGACUGUUGUAAGUCAAGGACUACUUGGAUAUAGACAUACAGGGAAUAGGCAUGCAUUUUUAUAGCCACUCACCUCUGCACUCGCCCGAGUAAAUCCAGAGUUACUAUUUUUUUUCUCCUCUGAAAUCAGAGCAGUGCUCAGAAACGGCAGUUGUGUGUUUUGGAUUUGUGAUCUGCAAGACAGACGUUCAGAUGUCCCAAGUUGGAUGAUGUCUGUUUUUGGUUUUUUUUAAAAAAAUGGUUUCCUCCUCUCUGUGGUGAAUGGAUGUCGUACAUGGCCUUAAAUCAAGAAAUGGCUCCUUGGGGACUCAAUGUUGUUUCUUCUCUGACCUGCUGUGAUCCACUUCUUCUUUUCCUUCUCUUGGUCUCCAAAGAAUUGGGGGUUGAAUGGGGUGGGAAAUGUUUGGCGAAUAAAACCUGGGGGUCUGGGAGA